AAGUCAACAAUCAAUUAAAGCCAAUUAAUGGAUUACGUUCAGGGUGGAGAUCAUUUUUUCAGCAUGAUGUGGAUAUUCUCUAAUCUCCCUUGGCAAACAAAUGACAGAAUGAUCAUGGAUGCAACCUUACAGCUGAAAGAUUACUCGUAACUCUCCAAGAGUUAUCUUGGUUUAUUUGUUUUCCCCACAUGGACACAUCUGUCUGCUGACCCACUGUCACAUGCAAAUCACAGAGCAUGUGAUCCUGAAGGUCAGCUGUUCUUUCAGAGCCAUCACGCAGAUGUCAUGUGAGGUUUGACCGGGUGUCCAGUAGGGGGCAGUAAUGCUCCUGUCAUAAUCAAGAGAAAGUGUCUAAUAAAUCAGGUAAAGUAAAAGUGAAUGACUAACAGUGCGAGUCUCAGCAGGAACUGCAGGUCCACUACCUGACUGAUGUGUUGAGGUGUUUUACCUGAGAAACAGAAAGACUGGUGUGAGGAGAUCUGUCCAAGACGUGUUCAGUGAAAAAGCGAGAUGUUUCACAGCUGCUGGUGGGAAAAUGUGCACACAGAACCUCAGAGACUAUUCUACAAAACUUCUCUCCUUUCUGCUUACAUCUUGGUUUUCUAAUGUUGCUGUUCCUCAGAGCAUUUCUGCUCGAGAGGGUUUCACGGUUGUCCUGCCGUGUGAAUUUAAGGUCAUCUCUCUCCAGAGACUGUAUGUCGGGUGGCGCACUGAUCAAAAGGUAGUGUUUAUGAGACUGGGUAACGAUUCGUUUCAGGGUGAGGGAUACGAGGGCCGUGUGGACGUUCCUGAGGACGAGAUGCGUAAAGGGAACUGCUCCCUGGUGUUGAAGAACGUCAGUGCUUCUGAUGCAGGAAUCUACAGGAGCUACCUGAAGAGGUUCACUCAGAGUGUUGAACUCUCAGUCGAUGAAACUCCAGAAAUCCCAUCAGUCACAGGUGAGGCAGGAAUGAACUCUCCUCAUCCUCUGGAGAUCGUCUUAUCCCUGCUGGCAUUUCUACUCUACUCUUUCAUGCCUGUAGCAGGGGAUUAAAUCCAUCACAGCUGCGUGUGUAGUGAAGACUCAGAUAUAUACUGUAAAAAAUACUGAAAACCAGGAGGAAAAUUCUUCUUUCUGUUGAGAAGUUUGCAGUGUUGAACCACCCUGUCAUGAUUUAACAAGCUGAUGAUGGUUUUGAGGAUUUAACUAAGAGACGGUUGAAAGUGUUAAGCUCUGUGUACGCUACAUUCAUUCACUCAUUUUUAGUUUUUUUUAUUUGUGUUUGUUUCACUACAAAAAGUCUAAAGAAAUCUAAAGAAAAUCUAGAAAAAAUCUAGAGAUGGCACAGACCCAAACCCAGGAUCAGAAUCAGGCUGUUCUGGAUAUCAGAGGAAAAAAAAUGAACUUAUUCUGAUCCUGAAACAAAUAGAAACGUUUUGUACUGGAACUGGAUCUUUCAUUGAUGCAGAUGUUUACAUUUAUUUUUUAGGAGAUAUAUAUUGGAUAUAUAUUUUAUUUAUAAUGUGUAUAGUUUGUUAUUUAAUGGGGUCAUGUUCCUAGCUUUUUAUUGGUCCAGUAUUUUAUUUUAUUAAGAAAAAAAAAAAUUAGGCUUAGUAGCUUUUUAUGGGUUUUGUGCCAGCUCUAACAAUCCUCUGGCCAGAUGUGUAACUGUGCUGCUCUAUACACUGUCCUCUGGCCAGAUGUGUAACUGUGCUGCUCUAUACACUGUCCUCUGGCCAGAUGUGUAACUGUGCUGCUCUAUACACUGUCCUCUGGCCAGAUGUGUAACUGUGCUGCUCUAUACACUGUCCUCUGGCCAGAUGUGUGACUCCGCUGCACUACACACUGUCCUCUGGCCAGAUGUGUAACUGUGCUGCUCUAUACACUGUCCUCUGGCCAGAUGUGUAACUGUGCUGCUCUAUACACUGCCCUCUGGCCAGAUGUGUAACUGUGCUGCUCUAUACACUGUCCUCUGGCCAGAUGUGUAACUGUGCUGCUCUAUACACUGUCCUCUGGCCAGAUGUGUAACUCCACUGCUCUACACACUGUCCUCUGGCCAGAUGUGCAACUCCGCUGCACUACACACUGUCCUCUGGCCAGAUGUGCAACUCCGCUGCACUACACACUGCCCUCUGGCCAGAUGUGUAACUCCGCUGCACUACACACUGUCCUCUGGCCAGAUGUGUAACUCCGCUGCACUACACACUGCCCUCUGGCCAGAUGUGUAACUCCGCUGCACUACACACUGUCCUCUGGCCAGAUGUGUAACUCCGCUGCACUACACACUGUCCUCUGGCCAGAUGUGUAACUCCACUGCACUACACACUGCCCUCUGGCCAGAUGUGUAACUCCACUGCACUACACACUGCCCUCUGGCCAGAUGUGCAACUCCACUGCUCUACACACUGUCCUCUGGCCAGAUGUGUAACUCCACUGCACUACACACUGCCCUCUGGCCAGAUGUGUAACUCCGCUGCACUACACACUGUCCUCUGGCCAGAUGUGUAACUCCGCUGCACUACACACCGCCCUCUGGCCAGAUGUGUAACUCCACUGCACUACACACCGCCCUCUGGCCAGAUGUGUAACUCCGCUGCACUACACACUCUCCUCUGGCCAGAUGUGUAACUCCACUUCUCUACCCAUUGUUCUCUAGUCAGAUGAAAAACAAGCAAAGAGGAAAUGCUAGAGAUUUUUGAAUUUUUUUUUAUUUAGAACAUUCUUGUUUGCAUAGAAUUAUCAUUUCAAUGAAAAAUGAAUGAAUGCACCAUACACAGAGCCACUAAAGUUAUCGCUAUUUAUUUACACACUGUAUGUAUCAGUGAUUAAAUGACGGCUAGCUGCGCUUUCCAUAACAAACCUUUUGCUAAAGCGUAGCCACUGUUCAACACAGUUCUCUGACAAGCUUAAGAUUACAUUAGUACUUAAAAAUCAGACAACCACAUCCCUACAGACAGAUGAGAGAAGAGUUGGAGGAAUUUAAUUAAACCAGCCAACAAGUUACUCGAGUAAACGAGUUAACGUUUAUACCUUACAAAUGUGUUGAGACACACAACAACGUUUGACUAACUAGCAAGAAAAAAUAGAGUCUGUUCUUGUAAUCUUGAUCAGUUAUAUACCAAUACUAUACUAAAGUAUUUAAUAAUAACUAGUCCUCACAUGCUCAUACAGCCCGGUUCUUCUCAGUCUAUCAGAACAUUUGACUCGGCUCAUCAAUACGAAUCAACUCUUUUCAGCUCCUGAGCGGCUAAUUGUCGUUUUCUACUUAUACAUACAAAAUAAUGUGAAAGAAUUUGACCAGUGAUUGUUCGUCUUAGUUUAAAGCUGAACUGAGGCUGAUGAUGCUUCAUGAAAUCAGACUAUAGCUGUUUAAAUCAUUUAGCUGGACAUCUAGUUAAAGAUGAAUUUUUAUAUCUUUGUAGCAAAGAGACUAGAAAUGUUUUUGUCCCUGAAACGAUCUUCUGCAUUUAAAACUCAAUAGUCAGCAUUACUGUGGAGGAAAACCAUCACCAGGUUCCUCUGAGGAAAUUCAGGCUUCAUGAGAAAAGCAUUGUUUUUAUUUUGAGUUAUAUAUACUGGUUAUAUUGAGCAGAAUCUUCCAUAAUGUGAAGUUAAUAGAGUUGGUGGUAGCUUUUGUAUACCAGUGCAUGUAAAUGGAAUAAAAUCAUUAAAAAAUCA